AUGAGUAAAACUCUUUAUACAAAUUCAGAAGUUAGUCCAUAUUAUAAAGACUUGUAUGCAAGAAAAUUUAUACAACGUACUGAUUCUGGUAUAGCAGGCCUGAAACGCCGUCAUUUGGAAACAGAAAUUUAUAUGUCUCAGAAUCGUGAAGAAUGGGACAGUAGCUUGUAUCCGGAAGAGUUGUUCCCUAAAAAAGUAUCCAAACUUACAGAAAUGCAAACUUUUCAUCCCGCAGUUAAUGCAGUUAUAGACUUCAAACCAAAUUCAGCUUUGUCCGCGGGUACAAACGUUUUUCUGUCCGGCUAUUGGAAGAAAGGACUUGUUAUGAAUAUUGAAAAUGAUGACAGUAAAGGGAAGGUGUAUACCAUAAAAGGAGCUUGAAAAUGGCAAAAUUCACCAAGUUUCAAAAUAUUUGAUUCGUCCGAAUUUGAUUUAGAUAUUUAUUU